GGCUGUGAAUGUUUAAUGGGACAUUCUGGAUGAUGAUACUUAAAUACAGGAUUUUUGAAGAUACUGCUUUCUACAUAGCAGUAGCAGUUAUAUCUUCUGGUGUCCUGAAAAAUGGCUGAUGAUAUUGAUAUUGAAGCAAUGCUUGAAGCUCCCUUUAAGAAGACUUGCCUAACGAUAUCUCACCUCUACUCCCAUGAAUUCACCUUUGAUUCCAGUGUGAACUGUCAAUCAUAAGGUAGUAAUUGAGUGACGUAUCGCUGUACCGUGGUCCCCCUAGGUAAAACGAACAAACGAACAAAAACACUCCUAAAAACUACCACCUCAAUUUUGGUAGACCAAGAAGGUGAAUGCAAUGGUUUGGGCAAACAGCAGGGUUCCAAGAAUAACAUUUCCCCUAAGUUCAUGACAAGCAAAUCCUUAGUCUGCUUGUUAAUGCAGGAGGAGUUACGGCUUUUUUAUUAUUUAAAGGAUGGGUUAUUAAUCUUUUAGCAACACCAGACAGUAAUCAAAGUGUUAUGUGAAAGUUGUUUCCAAAAUUCUUGGAUCCCUGAAUAGUUCACAUCAUAGUAGACAUGAAAGAUAUUUUGAACUACGUUCAUUGUGACAGUACUUUUUUAUCUAGUAAUUUCUUAGAAAUCUUUAAUUUACCUUUUCUGCGCUUCUGAGUACUGAGUACCUAGCUUCAGAACUAAAUAGGGAGCAAGUAUGUAUAGAUUUCACCAGAUCUUCAUAAAACUAUGAAAUUAUGCAUGCAGUAGCACUGGCUUCACAAAUUUAUAAAUAUAUACAUUUAAAACUUAAUGUGCAGUUGAACUCAUGGUGUAACUGGUGUGAUAACUACAAUAAACAACAGUAACUGUUAGUUGAUUUUGGAGUAUAUUUAGUGCAGCUCUUCGGUAUGAGAUUUGGAAAAGUGUUGUAACCUUUUUAAUGUUCAUGUUUUAGUAUUAUGUAAUUAGUACUUACAUAAAAUGUUGAAAUGAAUAUAAAUUGUAAUGUUAAGUAUAUUGUAUGCUAGUUUAACAUGGAUAUUUUCCAUGUAAACAGGUUUGGAAAUAGGAAAUAUUUAGGCUGGACUGGUUGGAUUUUUGAUGAAUGACUUGGGAGUCGACAUUACUAAAGCAGUGUGAAUCCCUGUUUGCUUCAGGGCGAGAUGUGUGACAGAGGUGGCAUCAAGCUCUUACAGUCCCAACCCUCCAACGAAAAUGGGCGAAGAUCUCAGGAAUGGCAUCGGUCACAGGAAAUCGAUAGUGGCUGGCUGCUAGCUUGGUCACUUGGGGCUUAGGCAGAAAUAUAGCCUUGGUAUUGGUCAAAAGGGAUUAUAGCAUAUGAAUGUGCUUUUAAACUUGAUAUUUCUUGUUUAUAUUUUAUCAUUUAACCACUUCAGUGCUGGAAACUGCAGGAUGACUUUAUUUCAUUGUAAGAAAGUUUGUACAAUUUAAAUAAUUUUUAAAUAGUAAUUUUCUAUUCAUAGUUGUAUGACUUAAAUGUAAGCAGCAAAGUGGUUAAAAAGUCUACCUUAAUUAGUAGCAUUCCAUAUUGAAUAUAAAGUUUAGUAUUAAAUUUUUGUUUUGUAUUUUCUUAUCCCUGUCCCCAUUACCCUUUUGACCACUUGAAAUGUUUCCACUUCGUCCUCAUGAUGUUCUUCUAUCAACCCUGCUUAGGAUGAGAACAAAUUGAGCAGUGCCAAUGGACAUGAAGAGCGAACUAAGAAGAGGAAAAAAAGCAAGAGCAGAAGUCGUAGUCAUGAUAGGAAGAGAAGCCGAAGCAAGGACCGCAAACGAAGCCGUGAACGUGAGAGAAAGAAAAGCAAGAGUCGAGAAAGAAAGCGCAGUAGAAGUAAAGAACGGAGACGCAGCCGUUCAAGAAGCAGAGAACGUCGAUUCAGAGGCCGUUACAGAAGUCCCUAUUCUGGUCCCAAGUUCAAUAGUGCCAUGAGAGGAAAAAUUGGCUUGCCGCACAGCAUGAAAAUAAGCAGACGUCGAUCUAGGAGCAAAAGUCCUUUCAGAAAAGACAAGAGCCCUGUAAGAGAGCCUAUUGAUAAUCUUACUCCAGAGGAACGGGAUGCUCGAACAGUAUUCUGUAUGCAGCUUGCGGCAAGAAUUAGGCCAAGAGACCUGGAAGAAUUUUUCUCUACUGUAGGAAAGGUCCGUGAUGUACGCAUGAUAUCAGAUAGAAAUUCAAGACGUUCAAAAGGAAUCGCAUAUGUAGAAUUUGUUGAUGUCAGCUCAGUUCCUUUGGCCAUUGGAUUAACUGGCCAGCGAGUGUUGGGAGUACCAAUUAUUGUACAAGCAUCUCAGGCAGAGAAGAACAGAGCAGCAGCAAUGGCUAAUAACUUACAAAAGGGAAGUGCAGGCCCCAUGAGACUCUAUGUAGGCUCAUUACAUUUCAAUAUAACUGAAGAUAUGCUUCGUGGAAUCUUUGAACCAUUUGGCCGGAUUGAAAGCAUUCAGCUAAUGAUGGACAGUGAAACUGGGAGGUCCAAAGGAUAUGGAUUUAUUACUUUUUCAGACUCAGAAUGUGCUAAAAAGGCCUUGGAACAAUUAAACGGAUUUGAACUGGCAGGUAGGCCAAUGAAAGUAGGACAUGUGACCGAACGUACAGAUGCAUCCAGUGCUAGUUCAUUUUUGGACAAUGAUGAAUUGGAAAGGACUGGAAUUGAUUUGGGAACAACUGGUCGUCUUCAGUUGAUGGCAAGGCUUGCCGAGGGUACUGGUUUGCAAAUUCCUCCAGCUGCCCAACAAGCACUGCAAAUGAGUGGAUCAUUAGCAUUUAGUGCUGUAGCAGAUUUACAGACAAGACUUUCUCAGCAAAGUGAAGCCUUAGCUGCAGCUGCUUCUGUACAACCACUUGCAACACAAUGCUUUCAGCUGUCCAAUAUGUUUAACCCUCAAACUGAAGAAGAAGCUGCCUGGGAUACAGAAAUUAAAGAUGAUGUGAUUGAAGAAUGUAACAAGCAUGGAGGUGUUGUCCACAUUUAUGUUGACAAAAAUUCAACUCAGGGCAACGUGUAUGUCAAAUGCCCUUCAAUAGCUGCAGCAAUUGCAGCUGUCAAUGCAUUACAUGGAAGAUGGUUUGCAGGUAAAAUGAUCACAGCAGCAUAUGUUCCUCUUCCGACAUACCAUAAUCUUUUCCCAGAUUCUAUGACUGCAACCCAGCUCUUGGUUCCAGCUCGGCGAUGAAGAAGGAUUGAGUCAGUUUUGUACAUAGCUAUUUUUGAAGGAAGACUUGAGUUACCUUUAUUUAGAUGAAAACAAAAGGAAAAAGGUGUAAAGUCCUUUUGUGUACAUUUCCUGUUACCUUUAAAGAAAUAUAUAUAUAAUAAGCAGGAAUGCUGUGAUUAUUCUCAUGAUUAGCAUUCCCACUGUAAACAAAGCUGACUACUUGUUCUGCCUUGUAAUUCUUGUACAUUUAGACUUUUGGCUAAAGUAUGGUGUAGGAACAGACAUAGGUUAUAGAAAAGAUUUUUUUUUCUGUAAAAGAUGGAGAGGACAUUUUUAAUGUUUUACAAGCCUUCAUUUUAAUGCAGAUGUUGCAUUUUACAUUUAUUUAAAUGUAGAUGCUCUGCUAAAGGUUAAAAUCAGAUUUAACGACAUAUUUAGUGUGUUUUGUAUGGAAUGAAAAUUGAAGAGGCUACUGAAUGAUUUUCAGUCAUCUGAUCUCAUGUAAUGUUGAACAGCUGGUAAAAUUGAGAGGAUUAGAACAUUUUAUUUCUAGAUGGUAACUUUUGAUUGUCUCUGUAAAAGUUUCUUGUAAAUAAGGUGUAAGGUGUGUUUAGAAUUCCAAACAAAGCUAUCUCUGCAUUUCCAGAUUAAAGUUCCAAUGAUUGCAGGGAAUGUACUUAAUUAAAAGUUGAAGUAGGAAAUGCAGGAAUAUAUUUUGUCUGGUUGCAUAUAAUCUCUGCUCUUUUUUAAGCUCUGUGAGCUCUGAAAUAUAUUUUUGGGUUACUUCAGUGUGUUUGACAAAACAGCUUAAUAUUUCUAUCAACAAACAACUUUCAUAUGGCAACAAUCUUUGUAAGAACCACUCAAAUAAAAUUCUCUCAAAGGCCUC